AUGACAUCCUCACCAACCAACCUCGAUUUUGGUCAUGUCCCUUUCUUGGACUUGACCUACGACAACAAUGAAUCACACGACUCGGCCCUCAAACUCAUCUUGACCCUCAUGCCGGAUUGGGCUAGCGAAGACUCAAACGUCGAUUUUGUGCGCUUCACUGAUGGUAUCACCAACACUCUCUUAAAAGCCGUCAACCGCCGUCCUGGCAUGUCAAAGCUUGAUGUUGACAGAGAUGCUAUUCUGCUGCGUGCCUAUGGUCAUGGAACCGCCGUUCUCAUUGACCGUGAACGUGAGGCCGAGAAUCAUGAGCUACUCAUGAGGCAUGGUCUUGCUACUCAGUUGCUUGCUCGUUUCAAAAAUGGCAUGAUGUACCGUUAUAUUCUGGGUAAGCCUGCUCGCGCCCAGGAUCUCAGUGAACCUCUUAUCCUCUCUGCCAUUGCCCGACGUCUUGCACACUGGCACGCGACUGUUCCUUGCUUACCAGAUCCCAACCACGCCCGGGACGAGAAGCACGUAAAUGGUAAUGGUUCUACCAACGGCCAGAUUAACGGCCAUGCCAACGGUUGUGUGAACGGAGACAGCGACAAGUCCCGUCAAGAACAAAUUGAUAGUACUGCUCCCGGCAAGCCACCGCCCAACGUCUGGACGACUAUGCAGAAAUGGAUAUUCGCCUUGCCCACUGAUACUGAGGCUCAAAGGGAAAAACAAGCUCUGUUACAGGCUGAGUUGAAGGUGAUAGUACAGAAAUUGAGUCAACGACCUGGCCUUGGCAUGAACGGGCUUGUAUUUGCGCAUUGCGAUCUGCUAUGUGCCAACGUUAUCAUCCACCAAGAAGACGAUGCGGCACCUACUGUCGAUUUCAUCGACUAUGAGUAUGCCACUCCUUCACCCGCCGCAUUUGACGUGGCGAACCACUUUGCCGAGUGGGCUGGAUACGAUUGCGACUAUGCAGCUGUCCCUAGACAGGACCAGCGACUUGCUUUUGUGAAAGAGUACAUCAAGGCCUAUUUCGCAUUAACAGGCGAGACAGUCGACGAGGAAGAGGAAGUCCGCAAGCUCAUGGCAGAGGUCGACGCCUACCGAGGAGUCCCAGGUUUCUACUGGGGUAUCUGGUCAUCAAUUCAGGCCGUUAUCUCAAAGAUUGACUUCGACUAUGCCCAAUAUGCCGAGUUGCGUCUGGGUGAAUACUGGGCAUACAAGGCCGAGGAAGAUGGCAGCCGAAAAGCCACUGACCAGGAGAUGCCACUGAGGGAGAAGACGUGGUGGCGUAACGAGUAG